GGGACUAAACAAAUUUGGUAGAAGAAAUCAAAUAUUUUUCUCCUUUAAAAGCUUUGUAAAUCAGUGAAUAAAGUAAUUUUAUGUCAUCAUUUGUUGCCGUAUUUGCAAAUUUUAAACGUUUUGAAACCGAUAAAUCGAGCAGGCAUGAUUCAUGAAAGUUGCAGAUCCAGGUACGCCGAAAAUUGUUAUAAAUCGUGUUGUACCGUUAACUUUGUUUAUACUUUGUGUACUACUUUUUGUCAUUACAAAAUGGCUUCCUCCGCAGUGCGAAAGCUGCCGCAAUAUCUGAAAGAAAUUCGCAUUCAUUUAUGUCAACGAUCUCCUUCUAGUCAAGGUGUAAGAGAUUGGGUUGAAAAAUAUUAUGUUGAUCUAAAAAAACAAAAUCCAUCUUUCCCUAUUCGUGUAAGAGAAUGUAGUGGAAUUCAACCAAAAAUGUAUGCAAGAUAUGACUUUGGUAAGGAGACUUGUGCUGACCUUGGAAAUAUGAAUGGCCAGCAGGUCAAUGAAACCCUCUAUAAAUUUGCAGACUCUAAACCAUAAUGAAACUUUGUUGAAGAUAGAACAAUUGUACAGAAAAUGUUUAUAUAGAAAAGACUUUACUGAUGAAUAUCAGGACAAUGGACUUUGUGAAUAACAGAAAUUAAUUGCAGUUAAAUGUGCCAUAAUUGAAUGUGUUUCUUUCACUUUAAUACCCAAUUCUAUAUAUAUUAAACAUAAAUUUGAUUAAACAACAUGUGACAUGACUAAAUAUGGUCAUGAUGACAUCACAAAAUGACCAUAUAUAGGUACAUCAUCAAUAUAAAUGGGCAUACAACUGUUUGAUAGUGUGCACAGAGUAUUAGCUUAUGUAGAGAUUUUAUCUGACAGACAGAUUAAGCAAAUUAUUUGAUCAGAUGUUACAGUAAUAAAGCUCUAUUCAAAUUUUAAAGUUUUAUGUAAACAUAUUUCUGUCAUUAUGAUAUCGUCAUACCCUAGAUUGGGUUCCAGUUCCUAAACUUUGUCGUAAUUAGUGAAAAAGCAUGAAAAAAAAAAACGAUUUUUGCACCAA